AUUUAAAAUGAGCACACAAGAUUUGUCAAAAGAACGCGUUUGUCCAAUUUGUCUCCAUCAUUGGAACGAUCCAACUGUUUUGGAUAAUUGUAACCAUAUAUUUUGUUUUGAUUGUAUAAUUGAAUGGACUAGACUUAAACCUGUCUGUCCUUUGUGUAAGUGUUCUUUGGAAUUGUUAAAACAUCGUUUAUGGGUCAACGAUGCUGUUUUGCCAAAUUGGGAGUCUGAAGGGCAAAUUGAAAAUAUAAUGGAAUUGCGAAGUGAAUAUGAAUUGGAACGUUUAAUGGAAAAAUCUGCACGUCAACCAGAACAUGAGAGACAAGCAGUCAUUCAUUUGGUUAAACACAUGCUUGGAGAGUUGUAUACUUUGAGAAAUAUGUCGAUUACUACUUAUGCGAGUGAUACAAUCUUCAAAAAUGCCAUCGAUGCCAUUAAUAAAGAGCUUGACGAAUAUAAAAAACUUCUUAUUGCCUUUAACGAUGGAGCUUCAAGGUCUGAAUUAUUCAAGACGCCGGCCUUUCGUCGAGUUGUUUAUAAAGAAAAUUUAUCGCCUAGUUCGAUUUGUCAGCCUUUGUUUAAUAUUGCAUUGAAUGCGGAUUAUAUAAAGAAUAAUAGGGAUAUUGUUAUGAAGCACAUUACGCCUUUUGUGAUUAGAGAAAUUUGUGCUUUGACUAGAAAGGAUGCUAUUGACAUUCAUGUAUAUAUGGAGAACAUUAUGGAUUAUUUCACAACCAAACUUAAACGGCAACAAAUUGUUUCGUUUUUAAGUCGACGAGGCAUAGAAAAUCCACACCAAUUUCUCAACAAUCUUCUUCAUUUUGCUUCGAGUGGUCAAACUUUGAAGGUCUAUGACCAAAAUUCGGAAUAUCGUGCAAGUAAUUCAAAUUUUGCAAUUGAACUUGAUCCAGAAGACAAUGAUGAUGUUGAGAUUAUUCAAGUGAGUAGUACUAAUAAUCAAAAUAAUCAACGUUCACGUUCGCUCAAUAACUAUUUUGACCCAAAUUCUAUGGAUAUUUCUGACAGUACUUCAGUUGCUUCACCAUGUAUUUAUACGCUAGAUUAA